AUGGAGGACGUUAUCAACCUGGAAACCCUCCAGAGCGAAGGAAGAAACACCAGAAGUAUUGACAUCGACGCUGUUCCCACUGUGGAGCUAUGUCGAAUCAUCAACGACGAGGACAAAACGGUUGCAGGUGCAGUAACAGAUUGCCUGCCGACUAUAGCAGAGGCUAUCGACGCUUUGGCACAAAGGGUGCAAAGGGGCGGUAGAGUGGUCUACGUUGGUGCUGGGACGAGUGGAAGUAGACUGGGCGUGCUCGACGCUUCAGAGUUGCCGCCGACGUUUUCGGCAAGACCAGAGCAGUUUGUGGCUCUUAUUGCUGGCGGAGACAAGGCUCUCAGGCACGCCCAAGAGGGCGCCGAAGACGAUGUCGAACAGGCGGUCCUGGACAUGCAAGGCAUCGGUCUGAAUGGUCAAGAUGCACUCAUCGGCAUUGCUGCGUCGGGCAGGACGCCAUAUGUUCUGAGCUGCCUCCGAUAUGCCAAGUCGGUGGAUUGCAGGACGGUCGGAGUUGCCUGCUCAGCACCAUCUGCCUUGCGCAAGAGUGGGGAUGUUGACUUCGUCGUCGAAGCCGUUACUGGGGCCGAGGUCGUGACUGGUAGUACCCGCAUGAAGGCAGGGACGGCAACGAAAAUGAUCCUCAACAUGCUGAGCACGGGGAUUCAGAUCAAGCUCGGGAAAACUUUCGGCAACAUGAUGGUCGACGUCAAGGCUACAAAUCUGAAACUUAAGCAGCGCGCAAGGAAUAUCAUUCGCGAGCUGUGUCCUUCCCAGCAACACCUGCUAGAUCAGGAGCUGGACUCGCUACUAGUUGAGUGUGGAGGAAGCGUCAAACUUGCAAUCGCCGCUUUGAGGCUUCAGACCAGUGUCCCGGAGGCAAGACAGCGUCUCGAUGAUGUCCGUGGAACCCUCAGUCGAUUGCGCAAGGAACACGAAGACGUCAGUUUGCCAGCAGUCGAGGAUCCUUCCGGCCUGAAGUAUGUGCUCUGUGUCGAUGGCGGAGGAAGCAAGUGUGCUGCGUUCGUGCUUGCAAGUAAUGGCGAAGUGAGCUCAGCAGAUGCUGUAGGGUGCAACGUGACCACAACGGAUGCCAACACGGCAGUCGCUUCGAUAGAGACUGCGAUCAGGGGGGCUGUUGAUGCUUGCGCAUCUCUUCGAGGACGUACAAUUAAGUGUAUACCAUUUGCGAAAGUUUGGAUAGGUCUCGCUGGCUUUGACCGACCACAAGUCGCAGCAGAGGUGAUACCCCGAGUGCAAGCACUCUUUGAUGGCAGAACAACCGCCAAGCUGACUGUGACGAAUGAUUUGGAGCUAUUAGCUGCGUCAGCCGGACAAUCUGACGGCCGGGAUGUCUGUGUACUUGUCGCGGGCACUGGUUCGAUUGCAAUGGCCUUCAAGAAAGGUUCAGAGAGAUACGAGCAGGUCGGUCGAGCAGGAGGUUGGGGCCCGCUGCUAGGCGAUGAUGGCUCCGGGUUUGAUAUUGGCCGACAAGCAAUUCGCCUUCUGCUCGAAGCGCAAGACCGCGGGCGCUGGACGGCCGAGAGAGGGACCCCCGUCAAUGGUGUUGACACAUUGUCUGAAGCGGUGCUUCGUCAUCUCGGCGUUUCUACCAAAGCGGGGGAAUCUAGAGAUAUUGUGGGCUCUCUCCUGUUGCCAUCACCGAACGCCGUUGGUGAUCCCAAAAAGCGGAUAGCAGACGUCGCCAGGGUGGUCAUCCAGGAGCAAGAGACCAGCGAGAUCGCUGCAGCCAUACUUGCCCGAUCGACCAAGAGUCUCACCGAUUUGGUCCAUCAAUUGACUAUAGCAUCAGGAAUUAUACCCUCGGAUGCGGCUUUGAUUCUGACUGGAGGCAUGAUGCAGGAUUCAGUGCAUCUCUCGCGACUGACGAAGCAGAUAGCAGCCACAGGACUGAGGUUUGGACGAACCGACGUGGUGCUACAGCCAGGCUUGUACGGUGCUCAACAUCUGCUCUCGACCCUCUCAAGCACAGGAUCAGCCGACUCAAUAUGA